CCUUUUACCUCCUGCUGGUGCUGCUUCUGGGAACCCCGGCGUGUGGGAGUAGAAAACUCUCUGUCUUUCCGAGGACACUGUGGUUUAUGACCAUUGAACAGAACUUGCCCGUUUUUUAACCCCCAUCUCCCCGGAACAACUGGAUAAUGUCCACCCCGAGCAGAUUCAAAAAGGACAAAGAAAUCAUAGCCGAGUAUGAAAGUCAAGUCAAAGAAAUUCGAGCUCAGCUGAUAGAACAGCAGAAAUGCCUGGAACAGCAAACCGAGAUGCGGGUACAACUCCUGCAGGACCUACAAGAUUUCUUCCGCAAAAAAGCUGAAAUUGAGACUGAAUAUUCCCGCAACUUGGAGAAGUUAGCAGAGAGAUUCAUGGCUAAAACAAGAAGCACAAAAGAUCACCAGCAAUACAAGAAAGACCAGAACCUUUUAUCUCCAGUGAACUGCUGGUAUUUACUCCUGAACCAAGUAAGAAGAGAAAGCAAGGACCAUGCAACAUUAAGUGAUAUCUAUCUGAACAAUGUCAUCAUGCGCUUUAUGCAGAUAAGUGAGGAUUCUACCAGAAUGUUUAAAAAGAGCAAAGAGAUUGCAUUCCAGCUUCAUGAGGAUCUAAUGAAAGUUCUUAACGAGCUGUACACGGUCAUGAAAACAUAUCACAUGUAUCAUGCAGAAAGUAUCAGUGCAGAGAGCAAAUUAAAAGAAGCAGAAAAACAGGAAGAAAAGCAAAUUGGGCGGUCCGGGGACCCAGUUUUUCACAUCCGACUAGAAGAGAGACAUCAGAGGAGGAGUUCUGUGAAGAAGAUUGAGAAAAUGAAAGAGAAGCGACAGGCAAAGUAUUCAGAAAAUAAAUUAAAAUCCAUCAAAGCACGAAAUGAGUAUCUCCUAACCUUAGAAGCAACAAAUGCCUCCGUGUUCAAGUAUUAUAUCCAUGACCUCUCAGAUUUAAUCGAUUGCUGUGAUCUUGGAUACCAUGCCAGUCUGAAUAGAGCCUUAAGAACAUAUCUCUCUGCAGAAUAUAACCUUGAAACCUCCAGACAUGAAGGCCUGGAUAUCAUAGAGAAUGCAGUUGAUAAUUUAGAGCCUCGGAGUGAUAAACAGAGAUUCAUGGAGAUGUACCCUGCUGCCUUCUGCCCACCAAUGAAAUUUGAGUUUCAGUCUCACAUGGGUGAUGAGGUCUGUCAGGUAAGCGCCCAGCAGCCAGUGCAAGCCGAACUCAUGCUCAGGUAUCAACAACUGCAAUCACGACUAGCUACGCUCAAAAUCGAGAAUGAGGAGGUUAAAAAAACAACUGAAGCCACGUUACAAACAAUACAGGACAUGGUCACCAUUGAGGAUUAUGAUGUCUCGGAAUGCUUCCAGCACAGUCGGUCCACAGAGUCCGUGAAAUCCACCGUCUCAGAAACAUACUUGAGUAAACCCAGCAUUGCUAAAAGAAGAGCCAACCAGCAGGAAACUGAGCAGUUUUACUUCAUGAAAUUCAGAGAAUACCUGGAAGGCAGUAAUCUCAUCACAAAACUUCAAGCCAAACAUGAUUUGCUGCAAAGGACACUGGGAGAAGGUCACAGAGCUGAAUAUAUGACUACAAGGCCUCCAAAUGUUCCCCCUAAGCCCCAGAAACACAGGAAGCCCAGACCCCGAUCACAGUAUAAUGCUAAGUUGUUUAAUGGGGAUUUGGAAACAUUCGUCAAGGAUUCAGGGCAAGUCAUCCCCCUCAUUGUAGAAAGCUGCAUCAGAUUUAUCAAUCUAUAUGGUCUUCAGCAUCAGGGGAUUUUCAGAGUGUCUGGCUCCCAGGUGGAAGUCAAUGACAUUAAAAAUUCAUUUGAGAGAGGUGAAAAUCCUUUGGCUGAUGACCAAAGUAAUCAUGACAUUAACUCAGUUGCAGGAGUUCUGAAACUCUUUUUCCGCGGGCUGGAAAACCCCCUCUUUCCUAAGGAAAGAUUUAAUGAUCUUAUUUCUUGUGUCAGAAUAGAUAAUCUCUAUGAGAGGGCUCUUCACAUCCGUAAACUCCUCCUCACCUUGCCCAGAUCGGUCCUUAUCGUGAUGAGGUACCUUUUUGCUUUCCUCAACCACCUCUCACAAUACAGCGAUGAGAACAUGAUGGACCCUUAUAACCUGGCCAUUUGUUUUGGGCCAACACUAAUGCCUGUUCCAGAAAUACAGGACCAGGUGUCUUGCCAGGCUCACGUGAAUGAAAUCAUCAAAACUAUCAUCAUCCACCAUGAGACUAUUUUCCCAGAUGCUAAAGAGCUGGAUGGUCCAGUUUAUGAAAAGUGCAUGGCUGGAGAUGACUACUGUGACAGUCCAUAUAGUGAGCACGGUACUUUGGAAGAAGUCGAUCAGGAUGCUGGUACAGAGCCCCACACCAGUGAAGAUGAAUGUGAACCCAUUGAAGCAAUAGCCAAGUUUGACUACGUUGGGAGGUCUGCUCGAGAAUUGUCUUUCAAGAAGGGAGCCUCACUGCUUUUAUAUCACCGAGCCUCCGAGGACUGGUGGGAGGGACGACACAAUGGAAUUGAUGGCCUAGUACCUCAUCAGUACAUUGUGGUACAGGAUAUGGAUGAUACCUUUUCUGAUACACUGAGCCAAAAAGCAGAUAGUGAAGCCAGCAGCGGGCCCAUUACAGAAGAUAAGUGUUCCUCCAAAGACAUGAACUCUCCAACUGACCGUCAUCCUGAUGUAUAUUUAGCCAGACAAAGAAAAAGGGCCGAGCCCCCCCUUCCUUCAAGGCGUCCUGGCAGGACCAGCGAUGGCCACUGCCCUAUCCACCCGUCCCACUCACUGUCCAACUCCUCGGCUGAGCUUGGCUCCCCUAACCUGUCUAGCCACUGCAGCCCUCGAGCCCUGUUGCAGAACCGCAGCCUCAACAAUGAUAGCCCCGAGAGGAGGCGCAGACCUGGCCACGGCAGCCUGACCAACAUUAGCAGACACGAUUCUCUAAAGAAGAUGGACAGUCCUCCCAUUCGGAGAUCAACGUCAUCGGGCCAGUACUCAGGCUUCAACGACCACAAACCUCUGGACCCGGAGACGAUCGCUCAGGAUAUCGAGGAGACAAUGAACACCGCUUUGAACGAACUCCGAGAGCUGGAAAGGCAGAGUUCAGCAAAGCAUGCCCCAGAUGUGGUGCUGGAUACCUUGGAACAAAUGAAAAAUUCCCCCACUCCUGCCUCUUCCACUGAAUCCCUCAGUCCUCUCCAUAAUGUGAUGCUCAGGAGCACCGAGCCGCAGAUCCGACGCAGCACGAGCUCUUCCAGCGACACUAUGAGUACUUUCAAGCCCAUGGUGGCCCCCAGGAUGGGAGUACAAUUGAAGCCCCCAGCUCUUAGGCCAAAACCCAUUGUUCUUCCAAAAACAAAUCCCACCAUAGGACCCACACCUCCUUCCCAGGGUCCAACAGACAAAUCGUGCACGAUGUAAAACAAACAAACAAAAACAUGAUCCAGGAGGUAGAAAAAAAUUGGUUGAAAAAAGGAAUGGAUUUUGGGGAAAGGGGGAGUCAAGGCUUCUUGUCUUCAUGAGUUUUGUGCUUAUAACUGGAGAUACUGGCUUUUCUGUCUUUUUGAAUGUAACGUCUGAGACUUGCUACAUUAACACAGGCAUUUGUAUUUUGAAUUUUUUUUUUUCCUUUUUAAAAAAGCUGGACAUUUCUACAUGUUUUAAAGACAAUAGAAACACAUUAGAUUUACUUGAAAAUUCAAUGCUGCACCACUUGUAAAAAGAGAUUGGAACACAGCUUCCCUUAUGGUACAGUAUGUCCCAGAUUUAGCAUAGCUGAUAUUAAGAAGAGAUUUCUGAGCUAAGGGGAUGGAAUUAAGUAUCAGAGUUUGUGGGAUUUUAGCCCAUGCCAGCCUACUAAACAGCCGGAAUGAUGGCUGAACUCUGAUGACUAUAGUGGUUAGAAACUAUUCAGUGAUCGUGUCUGAUCUCAAAUACAGAAGGCAUACACUCCACACUUAGGUUUGGUGCUGAUACACAAGUAGUUCCCCUGGAUUAGCCCAGGUAAGCUAGUAGCUAAAUUAUUUUCCUCUCUCUUAAAAAUGGCUUAUCCAAAUCUGGGACACAAGUUGCAAUAGAAAGAACAUUAAAUUAGCAUUUGGAAGGCCGGAUCUGAAGCACAGCUCUGCUACUUAUUUUCUGUGUGACCUUGGACAAAUUAUAUAACAUCUCUGAACCUCAUUUUCCUCAUCUACAAAGUGAAAUUAGAACAGGUUACUUCUAAAGUCCUGUCUAGCUCUAAAUCUAGGAUGCUAUAAGCCUAAGACUUAUUAUCUAUGGGAAACCUACAUGGUUAGUACUUGAGCUUAACCAGGGGAAGGAGAAAGAUGGCAAGUUUCUAUAGCUAUCAAUAUUUUUCUUUUCAUGAAUAGAAUUCUAGGAUCUUAUAAGGUCAUCUACUUAUCCCCUUUCCCCUCAGGUAAGUCUGCACUAUACAGAUGAGAAUCCUGUUAUUAAAGACCUCCAGAUAUUCAUACUAACACCACUCUCACUAAUCUAUUUAUAAGCAAUUGUUAUUAAACUCUUUUUUAUGUAUAAUACAAAUAUUUGUGCUGACCUUAAUGGAAUGGAGAAUGAGCUCUUUGAAUCCUGGAUCCCCUUUGGACUUUUCUUCCUCAGACUAAGAAAUCUUAUUUUUUUUUGGUUUGUUUUUUAUAAUUUCCCCAAAGAUCUGAUUUUCUAAACCUGUAAUAAUUUUUUUUUGAGGCAAUCAGAGUUAAGUUUAUCUAGGGGUCACACAGCUAGCUAGUAUAUGAGGUCAAAUUUAAAUUCAGGUCCUCCUAACUCCAGGAUCAGUGUUCUAUCCUCUGGGUCAUCUAGCUGCCCUCACCUUAUUUAUUGUCACAUCCCAGAACUGACCUUAGUGCUCAAGUAAAGAUCUGACCCGUUCUGUGGGUGUUGGAUACUUUGCCCAUGGACUCGUGGGAGAUAGAGGCAGAAGGGAUCUUUAAAAUCCCCACAUUUCUAAAUAAACUGAAGUUCAGAGACAUUAAGUGACUUGCCUAACAUCACAUAGAUAGUAAGCAAACUUGGGGAGGGAGGGAAGGAGGAGGAAAAAGGAUAUGAAAGAAAGAUUCAAAUUCAAGUCUUUUGACUUCAAAUCCAGUGUUCUUUCCAAAUUACCAUGCUGCCUCAUGCCUAAGCUAUGUCUUUGUAUUCAACUAGGUUCCAUUCUGAUUUUCCAGAUGAGGAAACUGAGUCUUUCAAAGGGCAGGCGCCUCUAUACAAUCUCCUUCACUCUUCCACAAGUUUUAAAGGUCCUUUAGUGACUUGAGUUAUCAUAAGAGAUAUGACUGUUUUGAAUAACUUUUACCUUAUUUCAAGAAUAUCCUGGACCUCUUCCGAGAUCCCUUCCAGAUCUUGACCCUGUCUCUCUGCAUCUGGAUGCAAGUUACUUUUUCACUGUAGUGCUUCCUCAUAAAUUAGCUUGUUACCCACUAGAACCAUCCACAUUCCCCCCCCUCCUAUUUUAGACCUAACCAGGUUUAUUUCUUUUAUCUUCUCUUUGCACAAUUUUUUUAUUUUUACAUUUUUCAGAUUUAUUGCCCCAAAUUGCCUUAAAAGACAGCUGUUCUCCCUUCCAUUCCACCCCUACCCUCAAUUUCUUUUUCAGUUUACAAAGGCCACUUUUGAAUUUGGGUUAAAUUUUUCCAAGGUACCAACUUCUGUCUCUUUAUACAAUCAGGAGGUUGAUCUUCAAUACCCAUUUCAACUUCUUGACUUCCUAUGAUUCUAGUCACUUCCCAUCCUCCUAUUGCCAACUUGGUAUCAUCAGCAAUCUUAACAAUUUGAUAUUCUUUGUGCUGUCAUUAGUGACUGAUUAAAAUAUUUUUUAAAUAAGUGAAAGGUUCAGAAGCAAUCUUGGUAGAUUAGUCCUUCUAUACCUAGAUUAAAAACAAUCCACUAAUAAUUGCUCUGGAAUCAUUAUUACAAUUAUUAGAUUUCACUACCUUAGCUUCAUGAAGAGAAGGAUCAUAUUCUAAAUACUUUUAGUGCCUAGUACAGGUUUCUACAUACAGUAGGUACUUAAUAAAUAUUUCUUUAAACCAUCCACCUAGUUGUGUGCCUACCCACCUUGUGUUUAUAAAAUAGUAUGCUUUUUCAGCUCUCUUCAAAAAAGACUUGAAACUCUUACUAAAAUCAGGAUUUAUUGCAUUAACCUCUCUCCUUGAUUUGCCAGAUUUGCCACAGAUUACAUGGAUGAGAUUAAAUUAUAACACCUAUGCCUAACUACUGGUCUGCACCUUCUCAAAAUUGAAUUUGUGAUGGAUUUUUUGCUUCCUAUUAUUUUUCCCGGUAUAGACAUAAAAUCCUAAUGACCUAGUAGUACUUUGGUCCAUCAUUUUCAGAUAUAUCAGUCAGAUGAUAAUAUUUAAAGAGGCUGUGACUCUCUGUAUUAUUUCCCUCAGUCUUCUAAAAAAUUUUAAUGGAUGUUCACCAGUGAUUUUAGAUACUCAGAAAUGUUACCCUGAAAGCAAUGAAUAACAUUUAGCCUAUUUAAAGAUAUUUAAGUAGAAGACUUCUAAAGUUCCUUCUACUUCGAGAUCUAUGACUGUGAUUCUAGAAUACAUUUUCGCUUAAUACAAUAAAUAACCUCCCAAAUUUUCUCUUCCAACUUGGUUUCCAAUCUCCCCUAACUCUGCAUUCCUAUUUCCUAUUACUAGUUCAUUGUGGAAGUCAAGAUGAGUGGUACUUUAGUAAAAUGAACAAUUUAAAUGUUUUAGGAAUAAGGGAAGAAUGAUUGAAAAUGUUCUUCCACGAUGGGAUAAGACAAGGAGAUAUUGACAUCUCACUAAAAGACAUCUAAAUCAAAGAGCUUUAUUUUUUCUUCUUCCUCUGUAUUUUUUUUUUUUUUGGUAAUUUGCUUAAUCUAACUUUCCAUGUUUAGCUUUAGAGGCCCUACUUCAGCAAGCCAUCUACCAUUCCUAAUAUGUUGUUUGCCUUUUUUAUUUAAGAAAGAAUUACAUUUUUCUAUCACACAGUGGGGCUGCUGACAAGAACACAUUACCAUGAGGUUUCCCAUGUCUCAGAGGCCAGUAGUUUCUUAUGCAGAAUAUCUUCUGAUCUUUUCCCUGUUCUUCCUUAAAUCUGCUUACCUCUCUCUUCCCUAGCCUCCUGCUGUAUUCCCAAAGACUUACUAGUAUUGUGCUAGCUCAAGGGAGGAACCUGUGUUCCUAAGCAAAAACACAGAGAAGGAAGGAUGAGUAUAAAGCUGAUCUUACCUUUGUCUCAAGAAUCUUCCAAUUCCAAAUAUAAAAUCAGGUGGCAACUAUAUGAAGCAGCCAAAAUCAACUCAUCCUUGAUACUUUUGACAUGAGACAAGAAUGUCCUAACUGUGUUGACUAUGCAAAGAUCCAAAGGAGCUGUGGGUGAGUUUAUUUUGUGGAGGUCUCAAUUCAUACAGUCAGGUCACUGAAAACUUCAAUUGAAGAGAAAUUCUAUUUGGCACCCCUUAAACUUUGCAACCCAAAGGAAGAUGAGAAUUGGGCUGUUUCAUUAAGAAUGCUAGGAUCAUUUCCGGUUUCAAGUAGAUGAACCUCACUAAUAAUAUCAUUGGGAGGAGGGCAAACUAUUUUAUGGAAUCAGUGAUGUUUUCAGUCUUAUGAGAUUGCUUACAAUUCAUAGAAUUAAGUUUCUACUUCCAUAGAAUUCCUCAGUAUUAGUCUCUCCACCAGUUCACUUUUUCAUGGAGAAGUAGAUGAAGAAAAUAGAAAGGACUGGAGGUGAUAGGGAGAAAAGUAUCUUGGUACACCUUUUUUUGAAAAGUAUUUUACAGACUUUUGUAAUAUGAUUAAUGGCCCUUUGUUAGAUUGAAGGUUGGGAGAAGAGGAUAGGAAAGGAAGGUAACAUAUAAACUCCAAUGAAUAGCAGUUUUGCACAUUUUAACAAGAUGUUAUAACUUUUUUAGGAAAGUAUUUUCCAUGCUUCCUGCCUGAUCCAUAGGAUAAUUUUUAAUAGGUUCUCACACUUAACUAUAUUGUCCUACUAUAUACCACUGUCCCCCAUAGACUCUGGCUGGGAAACAUCUAUAAACUGAAUUGCAUCUCUACAAGUAAAAGUGGUUUCAGUUUAAAGUUGCCUGUUCUGAUAAUAAUGUCUCAGUAGAAUUUUUCUGUGUGCAAGUUAAUUGGGGAAACGGAGAAGUGAAUGUCUCACACUUAGAGUUUCCUUAGUGUGGAAGGCCAUAAAAACAUCUCUUCAGAUCUGUGAAUGACCUGCCCUCUCUGGGUAACUGAAUAAGCAUUUACUGGUCAACGGGGACUCCAAAAUCCCACAUAUUAUCCCUGAGAUGUGACCAAGAAUCUGUGUAGUGGGUUUAGGAGCAAGCCUUCAGAUUUGGAGUGGUAUGUAGUCUUGCGGUGCUACCCUUUUGUCUUUGAUCCCUGAAAGCUGUAUAUAGUAAAGGUGGUCUUGAAAGGUUUGCAUAGAAGGGUCUGUUUUGGGACUGAGGAACAGGCAGGGUUGAGGGGAAGGCUGCCACUCUGAAAGCAGAGCCACAGUCUAUCCAGCUUAUUCUAAUCAUACAUCUCUGGCCUGCACCCUGGAGCUCAUACCCCUGACCUCUAGCAGGAUUCUGAGGUCCACCCCAGUGCCUGGGUAUCAUUGGGACUUCCUGUCCAGGACCAAGAAUUAUUUUCAUAAUAUUCACAACUUUAGUAAAGAUCAGUGGAACAAACUGGAAUUUAAGCUUUCAUUUACAUACGGUUUUAGCCUAGUAUUCUUUCUUGGAAAAAAAGAAAAAAAUAGCCUCUAUGGUAUAAUUGAGAUGGAUCCUGUAUCUUUAAAUUACAUAGGGAAUUUUGUAUGUCUAAAUAAUUGUACUGCAUUCCAUAAUGCUUAUCUUAGGAACUGUCUAGUAAAAGAAAAUAUUAGGAACCAUGCAUUUUGUGGAUGCCCCCAAUCCCCUUAGAGCAUUCACACAAGUUCAAUGUGUAGUUUGAUGGUUAUUAUAGCUAUUUAAAGUAGAGUAAGUGGAUAUGUAACAGGAAAGACUUGAGACAACUACAGAUGUACUUAAGUAAAGGUAACUCUUGCACACCUAAUUAAAUCAGUAUUGUCCUUCACUAUCAGUCUGAUCAAUGGCAGUCCUGGUGGCUCCCUGUUUGUGACUGUUACCUACCUAAUUGUGUCAGUGUACAUCUGUAGUAUGUACAUGUGAAAGUGCCUUUAAAUUUUUUAGAGGAGCUUUGGCCUUGCUCUGUACUGUUGCAUUCCCAUCUGCCCCUUCCCCGACCUCCCACUGCCUCCCAUUUCUUUUCUACUUGCCCCAUUGCCCAUCCCUCCCCCUCCUCCCACCUGCUGCUUCACUCCUGGUGUUCUUAUGUACGCUAGUAUUGUCUUGCCUUCUUCCUGGCCCUCCCUCACACCACUCCAUCAUCCCCAUUGGACCCCCUUUGUCAGCUCCAAGAUGGCACGAUGGUCAUUGUGUUCCCCUGUGCUCUUGUGCUGCCCAUUUCCAUUACAUUCCUUCCAUCCUUUAAGAUGAAGAGAAAGGGUGAUGAUUUUACAAUGCUGGAAGAAGCAAUGUUCUGUUACUCUGUCGUGACAAUGCACUUUUAUGUAUGAUACUGUACAUUUGGCAUGGACCAUUACAGGCUUCAGUACACAUUCAGAUUUGUUCCUCAUAGUGUAUCUUUAUAAUAAAAAAAAAAGAUAGUUCUGUC